CACCUUUGCCUGAAUUAAUAACAAUAUUAGAAAGAUUAUCUUAUUACCAGUUUCAACAUUCACAAUAUCAGCAAUAUCACUUAUUCGAAAGUACCUGCCAACAAUGCUUUGAGAUAUUAAAAAGUGUCUCUACAGCUAUAUCAGAUUUUAUUUACUUAUUAUUACUUGAGCAAUAUAAUAAAGCCAAGGCUUAUGAUAUUCAAAAACAAGAUGAAAAUCUAAUUAGAGUUUUUAAUAAAGAUCAUGAACAUACAGUGUAUCAAAAUGAAGUAGAAUUAGUUUGUCAUUGUAACUAUAACAAACAAUUUUUAUUACCAUUUAUUAAACUAAAUAAUACUACUAAUAUAAUGCAACUUAAAGAACAACCUGAACAAGAUGAUAUAAAUGACAAUAAUCUCUUAAUUGAU